AGCGGUUCCAUGUCUGCAACUGAGGAUGCAGCAUCCUUGCCCGGCGAGGGCACAGUUACUUGUGAUACCGAUCGCAAUCAGGAUGUCGGCGUGGAAGAUCCGGAAGCGGAACUGUGCCAACCAGAUACAGGAAAGAACGCUGGCGAUGUGGAACAACAAAAUGAGGGGUGCAAGACUGAAGAGGAGGUGGCAGCAUUGUCAGUUGAAGAGACAGGAAAAGUACAGGAGCAAAAAUCUAAGAGGUCUUCACCUAGCUCAGAGGAAGCUUCCCCUGAUGGAUCUAUACAAAGUUCCAGCAUGAUUCCGAAUCAGGAUGUCAAGAAGUCCACUUUAGAGCAGGAGCUGGAAAGUAUGCUGUCUCAAUGCUCCGUGGAGUCCAAAACUGAGGAUUUACUGAUGAUCCAAUCAGAAGACAGCGGUAAAGUGGAUAUUGUGAAAGUGGAGACAAUACAGAGUGACACCGAGAAAAGUGAAAAAGCCCCCCCACCUCCUCUGGCCCCACCAUCCACCUGGACAAGUGCGAACUUGCGUGAAUUCAAGACCCACAUGGCAAAGGAGAAGCAUGGUGUUCUGACUGUACGAAGAGGGGAGGUCCUAACAGUACGAGUUCCCACACACCCAAAUGGCAAACGUCUUUGCUGGGAAUUUGCUACUGAUGAUUAUGAUAUUGGUUUUGGGAUUUAUUUUGACUGGACCCCAGUUACCAGCACAGCUGUCACUCUACAGAUCAGUGAGUCAAGUGAUGAAGAGGAGGGAGAGGAAACUGAGAGCCCCUGGCAUGGUCGGGAAGGGGAUGUGGAGCGGGGUUCUGUUUACAGGCUGCGCAGCCGGUACGGGGAAAUUGUGCAAGUCUACCGUAGAGACAGUCAUAGAGAGGUACAGGCAGGUAGCCAUGAGUACCCUGGAGAAGGGGUUUACAUGCUCAAAUUGGACAAUUCCUAUUCCCUUAUGCGCAACAAGACUCUGUACCUUCAUGUAUACUACAGUAGCUGAGACAUCCUAUGCUGGAGUGUGAGGUGUAUUCUUUAACAUGAUUGCAUUAGGUGGAAUGUGUGUUUGUGUACACCAGGGAUCCCCAACCUUUUUCACCCAUGAGCAAAAUUCAGAUGUAAGAAGGGUUGGGGAGCAACAUAAGCAUGAAAAUAGUUCCUGAGGAUGCCAACGAAGGGCUGUGAUUGGCCAUUUGGUAGCCCCUAUGUGGACUGGCAGCCUACAGGAGGUUCUGUUUGGCAGUACAACUGGUUUUAAUGCAACCAAAAGUUUUAUCCAAGCCUGGAAUUCAAAAAUAAGCACCUGCUUAGAGGCCACUGGGAGCAACAUCCAAGGGGUUGGGGAGCAACAUGUUGCUCAUGAGCUACUGUUUGGGGAUCACUGGUGUACACAGCUGGGCAUUUCCCACCAGCAGAAGUACAUUGUUUCACUUGUGUGAAUGUGUCUUCCCAAUUCCCCUACUUUGUGCAUUGUAUAUGUCCAUUCCAUAUAAAUUCCUCUUCCUUCUGCUCA